UUUUUUUAAACGCAUACACACACACACACACACACACACACGCACGACGUACUACUUUUUUUUAUAUAAUAUUCUUUUUUCUGUCAGGACCGAGAGACACUUUUAUAGAUACAAUCCAACCUAUCUAUAUAUCAUAUAUAUAAGUAUACUCCCCCCAAAAAAAGUAACGAGUAAACUAGUCAAGUCAAGUCAAAGAAGCAAAACCCUCGUGGCGUAUACGACAAAAGAGCAAAAACGGAAUUCACACACAUAUACACACGCACACAAUUGGAAAAAAAGAGGGAAGAAGAACUUGAAUGCCUUGAUGCUUACUGAUUCAAGCUUAACCAACAUAUUUCUCGUGAGCGGUGCGUCUCAAAUUCGCUACAGAGUAUACUGCCAACGAUGCCAACGGUCGCAAUUGGCAAGCUUCCUUAAAACCGAGACAGCAGGGUCCUCUUCCUCUUCAUCGUCUUCAGCCUCCACUACUGGUGGUGGUACUGAUGACGACCAGGACAAGCAUCUCGUUCGAGCGUUCCGCCAGCUUGUUCAGCUGGGAAUACCGUGCACUUGGCGUAUUAUUACUACGCAACAGGAAGACCAAGUAACGCUUGAGCUUUGGGUGUUUUGGUUUGAUGACCGACGCACGGGUGAAAUCGAUGAUAACAUUAGUCUUCAAAAUCUGGAAGAAACGAAAAUGGGAUCGUUUACUUGGGAAAGCGCAGUCGCAAAAAGUUUAUCGCCAACAGCAUCCCCACGAACACCAUCCACAAGUACCAGUAGCUCGGUCUUGAGCGUAUCGGUAGAGUACCGACUAUUCAUCAAAGCCAUCAAAAGUUUAAUAAGAGGGUCAAUGGUGCGAAAGGGAGCAAUGCCCCUGGGCGAGUUUUUCAUUUUUCCUUCAACCUUCAUGGAGGGCGAUGUAUGUUCCGAUAUCUUCUCGACAACUCCAGAUCCGUCGGUGGCCACCCUCCUCACUUGUACAUACAACAUUUAUCUGACAAACACAAACCUUGUUGUGCAACCAGACAUCCACAGAAUCAAGCUUCGACCUAUAACAACACGUGAUCUGGAUACUGCCGGAACAUCAGUUCUCAUAUGUCCUUAUGGUGAACAAGCAACCAUUAUCCGUGCAAAGCAUGGCAUACCAAAUUCAAUGGAAGAGCAAGUCCUGCAUCAUUGGUCAUCUUUGCUCGAUAUACCCCUCCGCGCACUGCAACAACAUCAGCAACACCAUCAUCAUUACCCGCAUCAACAUAAAAGUUACCACCAGAAUCAUCACUACACCAACAGUUACCAUCAUUACCAUAAUCAUAAUCAGCAUUACCACCAUCAUAAUCUCAGCAGCAAUGGCAUUAAUAGCAGCAGCAAUAGCAGUAGUAAUAGCAGUAACAGCAAAAAGAACGAGUAUCAAUUACCACCAUUAGUCCCUCUUCGAAUGUCCAAAACCGGCGACAUUGUACUUUAUCCAACGCACCUUACCUAUAUUUCAACUUCCGCAUCCAUAUCCCCGGUCAGCAUGGGCGGCAUGAAUGGCAUUCUGGGCUACAAUCAAGGAUAUGCCGAAGACCUUGGCGAGAAAUGGAGCCGAUGGGCUUGGGCGGACCAAAUCAGAGAAUAUGCACGCCGUAAUCGACAUCAUCCUAAUGUUACUAGCACUACUACCAGUAACAACAGCAGUAAUGACAAUGUUAAUUUUUGGGAUUAUGGUAGUCCCAAAAUGAGUGCUACAGCUGCUGUAUUGGAUACACUAUCGAUUGCAGAAAUGGGCAAUUUUCAAGGCGUGUUGCAAAAGGCACUGAACGAAACCGUUGGGUCUAGCCCAAUCAUGGUAUCCAAAGCUGUGGCUACGCCAGCGAGCUCAGGACCGAAGAUGGAGCCGAGUGAGAAUGAUCAAUGCACUCCGCCAGACAAGAGUCGAGCAGAACGAUUUCAGCAUCAAUCAGAAUUAUCAAUUGCAGAUUUUGCAAAGCUGCAUUUUGGUGAAGAUGAGGACGAACAACAACAACAACAACAACAGUCAGGAACCGCGAGCAUGAUUGAGGGAGUUGGUGGAGGAAAUCAAGGGGCUGCCGUGACAGAAAUAGGAGCAGACUUUGCUGGACAUCGAGUCAAUGCGAAUGGGCAACAACGAGAAGGUGCAACGACAACAACAGCGAAUAGUAAGAAUGUAUUGCAGCCGUUACCACAGCAACAACAGACGACGCCUGCACAUACUGCUAGCGGCAACAAUAACAGGACAUUAACAGAUUCAUCAGUUCUUUUAUCGGGCGUAUCUGACAUGGUGUUGAAUUCCGGUGAUCCGACACAGGCAUAUCCCUCCUCAUCUUCGCCAACACCUAUUGCAGCAUCUGACGAUGCUUUUGGAUUUCGACUUGGAAUUGAUGGGUUGGAUGGCGCUAACAACAUGUACGGCAGCGUGACAUCAAACCGUUGGGGCGAUCCCAUGGAAGACCUCGAUAAUCUCGAUUUCAACGUAACUGAAGAGGAUUUUGACUUUUUCGAGCCUGUCAAAGAAGACCCCGCAGCAGCAGCAGCUGCUUUGUUUGGAAAUAACCAUAGCAAUGUAUUGGACGAGCAACAUCAACAGCAUCAAGAGGAUCAGCAACAGGAACUACAAGUAGAAAAGCAAGAACAGCAAACAAACGCCAAUGAUACACUCAUGUUACUGGAUAUGACUGAUAUUGGAAAUGAAGAAAUCAACCUGGACGCGCUUUUCAGCAAAGAUGUUAUUCUGGAUGAUGAUUCGUUGCUUAUGCCCAAUGAAACGGCAGCGUCAACAAUCACGACCGAUGCAACAGUUAAAGCCGAGAGCGGUGACAACAUUGUUCCACAGCAACAGCAACAUCCUGAGGAUGAUGAAGCUAUGACUGUCGCUAUGGAUACUGUUAACACCACCGCUGCUGAUGAUAAUCAGUCACAGCAACAGAAGCCAGAAACUGUACCUGCAGGUAUGCUCUCGCCGUCACCACCGCUACCAUCAUCAUCAUUACCACCUAUGGUGCUUGAGUCAAAAUCCGAACAGCACUUUGUACCACCUGCAUUUGCGCCGAUCAAGUUCCCAGAAGGUGUCAAUGACGCUAAAUACUCGGAAGGCGGCAAAUUUAUGUACAUGCCAACGCCCAAGGAUGAAGACGACAAGGCUCAAAUAAAGCAGCGUAACAAGUUAAAGCGAGAUAACUAUCGUCCUGACUAUGUACCACGACUUCGUAAACGGCCAAGAAUUAAACGUCAUCAUGCGUCUGCCACCGCUACUACUCCUACGCAUCGCAUAUUGACUGGAUCACCCAUCACACCUACUCAUAACAACACAGGGUCGCUUGUAAUGUAUCGCUCAGCCCCAACUACGGUUACGUCUACCACUUUACCAACCACAGCCCCAGCAGUUGCACCAACAACAGCAAUGACAUCAGCUUCUAAAAAAAUAAUUACAGCUCAUACAUUUAAUCAAGUACCUGAGAAUAUUACGAAUCAUGUUAGCAGCAUCAAUGAUAACGAAAAACUUGACGAUGGUGACGACACGUCAUCUACAACAACAGCAGAAACAUCAUCAUCAUCGUCAACAUCAUCCGACGGCAGUGCUUAUUCAAGUAACAGGAGCAGUAAUGAUGAGCCAGAUUGGUGGAUGGCUACGACUAGAAGCACACAAACGGUCUUUAUCAAUCAAUUCUUCAAGAAACAACAAGAGCAAUCAAUACAGUCCAUGAUCAAUUUCAACCGAAUGAUGUUGGAGUUUGACAGUCCAUUCCCGAGCACAACAGCCUAUGGUCCAUUGACAUCCGUUAGAUCUUUCCAAGACUUAGACAAGUCUCAAGAAGUUCUUAAAGUUUUGGAUUAUCUUUGCCAGCAAGUGGUUAUGGGUGGAUAUCCGUUCACAAGUGGAUUGACAGCAGUAUCGGCCAACGGAGGCGAAAUCCCUCGAGAUGAGUCUUCCACCGUCUUGGUAGCACGGCGGAGAGCGCUUUUACAACGAUGCCAAGGAGAUGUAAUGCAUGUGCCAUCGUUACCUAGCGAUUACGACAGGGUUGCACAAGACUUUAAGAGCGUGCUGUCAGAUCUUUUUGACCAUACCAAAAUUGUCACUGAUACGAUGGAUCAAUUGAACGUCAUGCCAAGUACCGUUGCAGUCAAAGGACCUUUGAGCGUUCAACAAUAUUAUGACCUGUCAGAAGCAAGUCAAGCGCAAUCAAAAUACGGCAAAUUUAACGUAAAAAAACGACGACCAGCAGAACCUAAUUUGGAUACGUUAACACCACCGGAUAUUGUUGUUGGACGGCAGGACGAAUUUUUGGAGGGUUCACCUAAACUUGUCACAUUUUGGGAGAAGUUGCGGCUGGAGCCUUACUCUGCGCACAAGAAUAUUCGCUAUUUUGCUGUCUUUCCGAGUAAUGAACAACUGGAACCCAUCUGUACACACUUCUUCAAAAGCCUGAGCACAGUGUAUGAGACCUGUCAUUUAGGUGUUCAUCAGCCAGGAAGCAUAGGCACUUAUCGGCGAGGGCUAGUGCCUGUUCCUUUACUUCCCGAGUCAGCAGGUGAAUCAUGGUCCGAUCGCCAAAUGCGAAGUUAUAGCGCCGAAUGCCAAAACCUGGGAUUGGCAUUAGGUGGGGCCAUGGUGGAAAAUAUGCAUAUCGUCAUUUACAUUGUCAACCCUACACACAACCUAUCAUCCAAUCUCGAACUCAGCCGAUGUUUUCACAAGCUCAUGCUUGCCUAUCAUGCGGCAUCCAUGGGAAACAUAUCUGCUUGUCAAGAACGACGCGCUCGGCUAGUCUUUCAAUUGGUACCCUUGGAGCAUAUUCUGCGACCGUCGUCAUUUGGUGGAUAUCCCAAUUUUGGACUUAAGGAAGUUGCUUUCUCAGUAUACAGCAAAUGCCAUACUGUUGUAGGCAGGAACCAUACACAACAUCCUGGCAUGGAAGAUACCCGACCGGCGACAUUGAUGUAUUCGCCGCCGUUCAUUCUGGCCAAACCGAUACCCGAUACAAUUCAAUACUCAUUGAAGAACACGGUCAAUUCGUUUCCAAUCAUCCUGGACCAAAGCGCGACUUUACAUAUGGCGUACUGCUUUAGUCUGGAUCGACAAUGGAUGGUGCUAGUCUGGACGGAUAACCAAGGCGAAUUACUAGAGUUUUCAGUUAUUCAUAUCAAGGACAAGUCGCUGUUAGAUGCCGUUGAUGAAGCUUGGCAAAAAACCAAAGAUGUUGCCCAGUGCACAGGAUUCGCGUGGACUUUUGUCAUAGCCAAAAUUGGUCUUAUGUUUGGAGAUGAACUGCAAGCUUGGAUCGAUGUCAUACCUGCAGACGAUAAAGUGGCUAUUGUUUCAGUGGAUAUUGACUCGGCUUUGCGCGUGCAACUGAACCACGAUUUGGCGAACCAGUAUCACCAGCAACAGCAACAACAAAUACCAGUAAUGGAGUAUCCACAAACGCCUGGAUCUUCAGCAAAUACCCCGACACCGGAAACGUUUAGCUCUGCAGCUGCCUCAACUGCGACCACACCACUUUCUGCUGCAGCCGCAUCAACGGCAGCAGCAGCAGCAACUGUCCGACCUGCUGCGAGUGCGCUGGAUUUGAGUAACGCGAAUGGUGAAAUCAAAGCACUGAUAUUGAAUCAUCGAGUGGCCUACUCAAGACACCGGACUCAUGUUAUGCAAGGCAUUGUCAAUGCGGAUUAUGGUGGCACUGCUUGUGGCGACGGUGACAGUGACCAAGAGCACUGGAUGCUACCUCUUGCCACAGGAUACUUGAUCUGCUCAUCACCAAAGACAGAAAAUCCGUUACGGGAACAAUUUAACAGCGAGCCAUUGGUGAUGGAUGUGCAUCUUGUAUACAAUCAAACGGGUCCUCUUGUCUACAGCACAUUACGAGAUAUUAUUAAGCGAUACCACGCUCUUUCCUUCAUUUCCAUGACCCCAUCCAGCUCGAGCAAUUGUUUACCGCUACAUCUCGUCAUUGCCGAGCGACUUCAGCGUAUCCUACUUGUCAUGGAUACAGCUUGAAAAACACCCGCAAAAUAACCCUUCCCAUUUCCUUUUUUUGCAUGUACUUAUUCUCUUUUUACAUACAAUUCUAUUCCUCAUUACAUCUCUCUCACUGUUCUUCUGUACAUUUUACCCUUCCAUCCGAUCUUAACACCGAUUUCCAUCUUCUUUCACCUUUUGCCUCCACAUGUUUAAUUUCUUCCUCACUCCGUUUCUUGUGUGUUGUGAUUUAUUAUUAUUAAUGGUUUCUUUCAAGUUCUAGUGUAAAAAUACAUAUACGCAACAACCAUCCACCACAUUUACCCCAGUAUCAAGUUACAGAACCUAUGUUUGCUAGUACAUCCAACAUCAGCAAAAGCGAAAUGUAUUAUUUGAUGAUAAAACCAGACAGUAAAGCGUGGAUAGAAAAAAUCAAGGGAUGAUUAAUAGAUGUCUAUAGGUGGUGAAGCACUAUAGUUGCACAGAUCACCCAAAUAAAAGAGCAAGUAUAGGAGUUGACGUUAAAA